GCGUGGCCUGCGCUGUCCAAUGGGAAGGCAGCGCGGGCUGAUACAAUUUGGUGCUCUGCUUCCUCAUUGAGGAGGGAGGGAGUACCGGCAGGGCCAAUGGGAGUGGGGUGCCCAGUCCGCACCGUCCAAUGGAGAGCCACAGCGUGGCGUGCUAUUAAAUGCAGCCGCGUGGGCUUUGGCGUUGACGAAUUUGGCGCGCUGCUCACCCAUUGGAAGCAGCCGAGUGGGGAACGCUGGCAGGGCCAAUGGGAGCGCGGGGCGGAAUCUACGGUGCCCAAUGGGGAAGCGGCGCGGGCUGGUAUAAAAGCGGUUUGCGCGGGCUUUGGCUCUCACUUGUCUGAGGCGAUGGCGAGCGUGCGCGGGAGGUCGAGAGGCAAGUCGGGCUCGUCCCGGGCGGGGCUGCAGUUCCCGGUGGGGCGCGUGGGGCGGCUGCUGCGGCGCGGGCGGUACGCGGAGCGCGUGGGUCGCGGGGCGGCGGUGUACCUGGCGGCGGUGCUGGAGUACCUGGCGGCGGAGCUGCUGGAGCUGGCCGGGGAGGCGGCGCGCGCCCACCGCAAGGCCCGCAUCGCCCCGCGGCACCUGGCCCUGGCCGCCCGCAACGACGAGGAGCUCUCCCGCCUCCUCCGCACCGUCACCUUCGCCCAGGGCGGCGUCCUGCCCCACCUCCACGCCGCCCUCCUCCCGCGCGGGAAGGAGAACAAGGAGGAGAAGAAGGCCAAGGCCCCGCUCAAGGCCAGCCAGGCCUCGCAGGAGUACUAGGCCCGGCCCGGCACACCCGCCAAAGGACUCGGAGGCGUCUCUUCUUCCCUUCUGACCAUCUGGAGUCGAGUCGUGGAGUGCGAGGCCCCAACACUUCCGGCUUGAAGGGACUGGACUUACUUUUGGGACUGGAGGCGCCGCUUGCAACUUCCGCUCCUUCAUUCAAGGCUUUGUGGAAGACCAGGCCCCCAACACUUCCGGGAAACUUGCUGUGGACACUUCCAAGGGACUGCACUGUCUUUGGGGACUUCACUCUCUCACUCAUUAAAGGUUUCUUUUUAGUUUUUUGAA